AUGGUUCAAACCCUAGUCCGAGCCAUUGCCAUGGCCGCCGCCGCAACCACCACCACCGCUUCUCGCCACUCCACAAUCUCUCUCCUCGUUCCCAAACGUCUCUUCUCCACAUCCAAACUCACCCAACCUCCCUCCGUCCCAUCUCUUAUACUCGGCCGUCGCUCUCUCGCCCCACUCUCGCAUGCCGUCCGAUUCCCCACCGCCACCACCCGGUACACUCCGAUCCGCUGCCGGGUGAACCGCUCCGGUGGUUCUUACUCGCCCCUCAACUCCGGUUCAAACUUCAGUGACCGUCCACCCACUGAAAUGGCCCCGCUUUUCCCGGGAUGCGACUACGAGCACUGGCUCAUAGUCAUGGACAAGCCCGGAGGUGAGGGUGCUACAAAGCAGCAGAUGAUCGAUUGCUAUGUUCAGACCCUGGCUAAAAUCCUUGGGAGCGAGGAAGAGGCGAAGAAGAAAAUUUACAAUGUGUCCUGCGAGAGGUAUUUUGGUUUUGGUUGUGAGAUUGACGAGGAGACCUCGAAUAAGCUUGAAGGCAUGCCUGGUGUUCUUUUUGUGCUUCCGGAUUCAUAUGUUGAUGCCGAAUAUAAAGACUAUGGGGCUGAGUUAUUUGUGAAUGGAGAAAUUGUUCAAAGGUCGCCUGAAAGGCAGAGGAGGGUGGAGCCACAGCCCUCGAGAGCUCAGGACAGACCAAGAUACAAUGACAGAACCCGAUACGUGCGCCGAAGGGAAAAUGUGCGGUAA